GAGAUCAAUAGUUUGUACCGUCGAUUCCAGCACUUGGAUAAAGAAAAUAUUGGCAGGAUUGCUUUGGAAGAGUUGCAUGCAAUCCCCGAGUUGGCUGUCAAUCCCCUUGCUCAACGGAUCCAUGCUGUAUUUGAUCUUGAUGGGAGGAAUGAGAUUGACUUUCGCCAGUUUUUAUCUGUUCUGUCGGUUUUUAGUAAAGAUGCCAAGCGAGAAGAGAAACUCAACUUUGCAUUUAGGAUAUACGAUGUCAAUGGUGAUGGAUUGCUUGACAAGACCGAUUUGACACAUAUUGUCAAACUCAUGGUUGGCUCAAACGUGCCUGAUAUCGAAGUUGAAAAAAUGGUACAACAGACUAUUAUGGAUGCAGAUACCCUUGAUAGAGACGGUGCGAUUUCAUUUGCUGAAUUCAAACGAGCCAUGUUCAAUGCUGACGUAGAGACCAUUCUGACGAUUCAGUUCUAA